GGCGGCGGGCCGGACGGGACGGCGGUGGGACCGGCGCUCGCCAGUCGGGCUACUUUCUCCAGUCGGUGUGCGCCGCCGCGCCCCGCGGUUGGCUUGUGUGCGAGCUGUCGCCGGAUGGAGGCGCGAAUCGCUAAACGAGCGAUCGCUGAAAGUUGUGCACUAUGUUGACCGAGGCCUCCCGAUCUCCAUGGCUGUCGGCUCCGGACGGGAGUGGCCGACUGCCACAGGAGACGACGCGACCCGAGGAGAGCCGCCAGCGUGCGCCGGUCACCGCCGACUGCCAGUACCGACCAGCGUCGUUCUAUCAGCCGGUCCCGGACCGAUCGGCGGCCCCACCGCCGCCGGCCGCCGGCGGAGCCGUCAAAAAGAAGCCCCUGUGGAAGGGCUGGAACUCGCUGUUCCGUCGGCGAAAGGCCGGCAGUGACAGCAGCAGUGACGAGGCGGCGACACCGCGCCGUCAGCAGACGGGUUCGGACGCCUCUGGAAGUCGUCAGCACAGAGCGGGCGCAGCCGGGGCCGCCGCCGGCAGCAGUGGCUCCGAGGGCGGCCGGCGCGCGCGGCGCAGCGCCGUCAAAGCUCGUGUCGAGGCGCGCCGCUCGAACACGGCCAGCUCGGAGGACGAGGAGCCGGCUCCGGUUCAGCACGUCUCCAACCAGCUGAGUGUGCCGCUGGACGGCUCGCUGAGGCGCCGGUCGCGCGCUGCUCGCACCGAGCGCUACCAGCGGCGACGGUCACGGGACGGCACCAGUCUGCAGCAGCCGGCACCGCCGCUCCGGCUGGACGCACCAAGGCCCGUACCGAGACUUGCCCCGGCUCAGAACGCCUGGGCCGCCACAGUCGUCUGCCGUCAGGGGGAGAAUGGUGGUCCCGUGACGCCACCGGUCCGCCCUCGACAUAUCCCCCACCCGCCUCACUCGACGGCAGCACAGACAUCAGCUUCACUGUCAGCCUUGAACGGUGGCGACAUGCAGGUGGCGUCCUCUUCGCUGGUGCACUUAUAUGAUGAGCGCUUUCUUCACUCAGGUCCGCAUGUGCCUGCGUCUCACCCACCUCUGGUGGCGUCUGUGUCUUCGCCGGCGGGUUGGCAGGGUCAUCGGCCCCCGCCCCCGCCGCCACCGCCUCGAGACCCACGCAUCCGAAUCACCAUGUACCCGGAGCAGGGCGUCAAAUGCCACUCUCUGGACAGGCUGGUGACUCCGGACGGCAGUGACCUGACCUCGGGAGCGGGUCGACCUGCGCCCGCCGGACCGCCGCUUCGAGUUGUCCAGCGGCUCUCUGGAUCGGACCAGUCUAUCGCGCAGUACAAGAGGCAACUGUACCCGACCCCGACACGCUACCCCGAUCAGCUGGGCAACUUCUCUCCGCCGGCGACGGCCAGUGCCCGCAGCCGCUGCCCCAGCCAGGACAGCGCGUUCCUGAGCGACCCGCAGACGCAGCCGCCGGCGCCACCUCCCAAACCGAACCGGAGCUCUGAGAUGCACCGAGCUUGGGACGAGCGGGCGGCGCCGGCAGACGGGCGGCCGGUCCCCAAACUGCAGCCGACCGCCGGCUGGCGACUGUCGAACGUCUCGGAGCCGCUUGCGUCGCGAAGUCCCAACACGAGCUUCUCCUGCGCCGACUCGGACUCUGUGUUGGGCCGGUCGGCUGCUGAGCGGCGGCCGCUCUCGAUGGUGACCGAACGGCCGCCGGAGCGGACCCCUCCCCCGCCCCGGCCCGCCUCCGAGCAGGCGCAGCGCCGCUCGGAGAACUUCGAGGAGGCACUGGACGAGCUGGAGGCGAUCUACCGGAGUUUGCGACUGGACGAUGAUGAGUUGCUGGACCGCGCUGAGCGCCGUGACCUGCCAACGCCGCACCAGGAACUCUGGAGGGCGUCCGACACCGCGCCAGCAGUGGACGACGUCGACGAGGGGGCUUUAAACCGUACCCUCUCCUCUGGGGAACUGAGCAACGCCUCUUUUGGCGGCUCAGAGUCGCGGUAUCGCGCUCCUUCACGCCGCCGCUCGGCUAUGCCCAACAAAAAGGAGGACGAUGUCUUCACCCGCAGACUGAAACGCAACGAGAAGAACCCUAACAGUAACCUGCUGAGUGAUGUGCUCUCACAGGGCGGCAGCUACCUUCUGGUUUCCCCUGUGCUCUCGACCACCGCCAGCACGGACAGUGUGCAAUGUGAAUCGCCACUGGCUGGCGAGCGAGAACCGCAUCUUACCCUGGACGACGUGACUUUCCGUAACAACCGCCACGCCAACGCCGUGAGGAUCAUUGAUCCGCAGCCGCCGUUCGGGAUCCCACUGGGUCCGACGUGCCCGGCAGCGGCCUCCGACUACCUGCACGUGUCGCCGGCACAGUGUCAGGCACGCCCCACCUUCAGGCCGAGAAAGAACCCCGACCUGGUGGCGGAUGACCUGGCGUUCAGGGCACUCCGCAAGGAUGAAAAGACGCCGAUCGAUACAAACGCACUGGACGCGCUGAUCCGAGAGACGGACUACAUCUUCAAGAAGCACAACCUCACGGACGAAAUGUCUCUGGUGGCGAAGUCGGAGGCGAAGCAGCCCAGUGGGCGUCCCGUCUCCCUGUGUAUCUGUGGAGGUCACUCCAUCUCAGACUGUGAGCUCGAGGAGGCAUCUGCCACGGCAGCUGCAGCGCGUCAGGCGCGCUCAGUGCGCCUGCGGCCGCGCCCCGAGUCGCAACGCUCCUACGGUCUGUACGAUCUCUAUGUCGGUAAUAUGAGCGAGCCUGAGGGCUCUGGGACUACCCCGAGCGGAAGGGCGGGCCGUCGACGCCCAGCCUCUCUGGCCACCAGCACCGAGACUCUGACGGAGGCCGGUCAGCGCCGCAUCAGUGGCGAGUUUUCUGCUAAGGUACGGCCGUUUGUACGGGUGAACUCGGAACCGGAUGGCGAAUCUGAGCGCCCGGUAGACGGUUCACGGGCGGCCACUGCGCCACCCUCUCCAGCUAGGACUGGUGACAACGGCCAGUUGGACACCCUGCUGGAGGGCUUGCUGCUACAUCAGACUCCAGCUAAAAGAGACCGGCACCGGCCGCCGCGGCUCUCCGAGACUGUGCGAGCGCUGGCUGAUAUGGACGCGGCGGCUGCUCCCGUCACCAGCAGUCGGUCUGCUGUGACCAACAGUCGAAGGCCUGUGCCGGCUACUCCCGAGCGAACCGAUCCGGCUCCUGCUGGGGAAUCACUGCUGGCACGUGCUACCGGCUCUCAACAAGUGGACAAUCCUUCAGCUGUGGACUUGCCGCAGGCCUGUGAUACUCCUGCUCAGAAGGCGGAUUCUCCUCUUGCUAGAGUGCCGGCGCUGCCCUCUGGUGCUAGUGCUCAGCAAAUGAACACUCCCCCUGCCGGGGAGAAGUCGCUGGCCCGUGUUGCUGCCCCUCAACACGAGGACAAGUCUUCCAUCGUGAAGCCGACACAGACGAGCAGUCCAUCUCUCCGAUCAUCACCGGUCAAACAGCGGAACGAGUCUUCUCCCGGCCAGUCUGACCAGUCUCCUACGGGCGAGUCUGCUGCAGUCAAGUCUCGUCUAGGCGAGUCACCUCUGGCUGAGUCUCCUGCAGCCAAGUCUCCUCCGGGCGAGUCUGCUGCGGCCGAGUCUCCCGCGGUCCGCCCUGCGCCAUCCGGAGAGGAGGCGUCUGUUCGGCCGCGCGUUCGUCCCGACUCUCGGCCGCCGUCGCCCGAGCUCGGAUGUAAAGAGCCGCUGCACUCGCCCGAUGGUCUAACCGUACCACUCUCACCAGUCAGUAUGAUGAGCUCCUCUCGCGCCACUCCGGAGGGCAAGUCGAUGACUUCUGGCUCAGACUCGGAGCGCGCUACCGAGCGCAUCGUUCGCUACAAGGAGGAGCGGCGCCGGCAGCUGGCCGCGAGCGCCGCCCUCCAGCGGCUCUCCUCCAGUGAUGAGGAGCAGGAGGUCGGCUCCGCGGGCGGCAGGUCCAAGCUGCGCCGUCGCCGCGAGCCGCGGCCGCCCUGCGGGCCAGCCGAGGGAGCCGCUGACCGGGGAACUCCGACAGAGGUGCGCACCACGCGAGCCUCCAGACUGCGGGCUGCCGUCUCCGGACAGAACUCAGGAAGUCUGGGCACCCGGCAGACUCCCGGCUCGGUAAUGGAGCCAGGGCCAGGAGCCCACAUUACACCGGUCAGAGGCAAAAGCGAUGGUGACAGCCACGAUGGACAAGACUGCUUAGAGAGGGACAAAAGCCGCCGAAGAAAGUCAAAUCUCAACCGGGCGCAAGGGGUGGAACGGGCCGCUGCAGACCAACCAGACGGCUCGUCUCCGCUCGUGGGUGCCACUGCUGAGGCCGGGGAACUGGAGGACACCGGCGCCGACCGGGGCCGCCUGUCUUCGGGCGCCGACCGACCGCCCCGCUCGCCCACCCCGGAGCUAGCGCGCGCGGGCCGGUCUGCUCUGCGCCGCACACUGGACGCCGGCACCAACUUUGUCCAGCGCCGGGCCACGGCCGGCGGCUCCAGCGCGCCGCGACUGGGCCGCCGCGAGCCGGCUGACUCCGGCAUGGUGCGCCGCGCCGAGUCGUCGACUUCGGCCACGCCUUCUGCGAGGGGUGCCGACCAGCAGCGCACUGGGGCGGCCUUCAGUCUGCGGACAGAGCCGCCAGAAGUCAGCCCGCUGCGCGGCUCGUCCAUCGCCGAUCGGAGAACUGCCGCAGAGCGCACCACAGCCGGUAGUCGACAUACGGCCAGUGAUAACACCACCCGCACCACCAAACAGACCACCGAUAGUGAGACGUCACAGAGCCAGAACAAAGCAACGAAUGAAAACGACGCCGAUGAAUCCACCCAGCAUGGAAUCCGCCGCUCCACAGGCGCCCCUCGCUCCGGGCUGGCGGGCAGCGACGAGCGGUCCUUACGCAGCCGUACGGAGCGGACAGCACGUCCCGACAAUCGGCUGACCGGCAGCACUGGCCUGAGGCGAGUCGGUGAGCGCGAUCGGCCCCGGUCCGCGCUGCCCACGCGGGCCGGUGCAACACCAACACGAGUCAACACGGAUGACAUAUCUGCCAGGAUCGACAAACUCACGACGAUGGCGCGUGCGACGGCGGAGCGCGUGGACAGGCUGACCGGCCCGGCGGCGUCUGGUUCAGACCGGACUGGCAGACUGCAGGCUUCCAGUUCCGGUGAGUCUUCAGACAGCUCGGAGAGCAAGGCUCGCCGACUGGCAUCGCGGUUCGAGGCCGUGGCCUCUGGGAAAACGGCCAAGCCUGUCGGGAAACCAGCCCGUACGGUCGGUGCCAGCCCGUGCAAGUCGACGCCGUCGCCGUCGCCGUCGCCUUCAAACGACGCUGAGGCUCUGACCUCCCGUCGGAGUGCUCACCUACCAGAAGUCAGAGGCCAGCGAACUACCGACACGCUGUCUCGGUUCGACUCGAUCGCCGCGGCUGCACUCAGCUCUGAAGAUUCGGCCUCAUCUGCUCCUGAGGAGCGACCCACUCCUGUAGGUGCAGCCCGGACGACAGCCCUGGACAAGCGGGUGGUCAGUAAUAAGCCUUCCAGUGAGUCGACAGGAGCUAGUGGGGCUCCUCCUCAACCUACUGGUGAUCGAGUGACUGGGAGUGGAGCAAUUGGUGCUGGCUCGGCUGGGUCUACCGCUCCGUUCCUCCGUCGGCCGUCUGCGGGCUCCUCUGCUGAAGGUGCGCCUAGCCCGGGAAUUGGUCGCUCAGACAGCCAACGCCGCAACGGACCAUCCACAGACACUGGCCGACCGGCCUCAGUUCCGGCUGCUGCGGAGGCCCCGCCAGCGCGGCCGACUCGGGUUAUCGAGGAGCUGGUGAUUGUGAGCCCGCCUCGAAAGGUGACAGGCGUGGCGGCCGUGCGGAGGACGCUGGAGAGCAGAGCCACCGAGCAACCGGUGUCGCGACUCGGUCGACUGCCGUCCCCCGUUGAGUCUCGUCCACCUCCGGUACCCACUACAGAGCCACCGGCUUCGCCGCGGCCUGGGGACACCGCCCGUCGGGGUGUACCGCUGCGGGCAGAUGGCGCCGGCAGCCGACCGCCAGCGGCCCCGCCCGAGUCGCCUCCCCCACUGCCACCGACGGCUCCACCGUCUGUACCGUCUGAGCAGCGGCCGCCGCUGCCGGUCAGCGCAGCGCGCUGUGGCGCUCACCUGUCUCCCGAUGAAGAUCUACCCCCGAUGCCGCCGGUACGGAGUAACUCCCUGGGAGGCGGCAGUGCCCGGCCGACAUCGAUUCUCAAACAACGAAAACAGAGUCAGGAAGAGAGAUCUGAGCGCGGUUUUUCACCGGACACAGUUCGCCCAGGAGGACCGCGGCCCAUUCUGAAAAAGAAGCAGCGCAGCCCGGACGAGGCGGAGCCACGACCGAUCCUGAAGAAACGCGCCAGCACUGACGAUGAGUUAGAAGUGGAGCGGGACCGACCGCGACCUAUCCUCAAAAACAAAUCAGUGGAGGAUGUGGGUGCUCCUGCGCUAGACGAAGACGUGCUGCGGCCGAUUCUGAAAGCCAGUCGUUCUCGGGAGGAGGAUCUGGACAGCAGCCCCGAGCCGCCGCCGUCCAUCCUGAAGCGGCGCUCGUUUGAGGAGCCGGCAGCACUUAUGAGUGUCGGACUCGGGGCCACCGUGCGUCGGGCAGAGCCGACUGACGAGCGGCCGCCGCGGCCAAUCCUGCGUCGCCCGCCCAGGGACGCGGAGCCGGCGGUGAGGGCCGCGCCGCGCCCGCUCUCCAGCCCGGCUGCAGUGCCGCCCGCGCCUGACGACGACCUCCAGUCGGCUCUGAGGGCUGCGUCCCCCGUGCCGCUAGCCGAAGCCGUGAAUCGGGCGCUGCCUCCACCGGUACCAUCCACCCCAGCCGGCGUGUCGGCACCCAUGACUCUGGAACAGAAGAAGAACCUGUUCUUGGAGUUCGAGAACGGCCGUCGCGGGGCUGGGGGACGGCCCGGGCGGUCUCGACAGUUCGCCCGGACGAGGGCCGAGCGCCGCUCCACGCAGCCCAUAACGCCUGACGAGGUGGCUGCUGCCGCCGCCGCUCCGCCAGCCACUGAGCCACCGGCCCGCCGCCGCAGUCUCGAGCCCGAGACUCCGAAACUCUCUGUGGCAGAGAGAGCUCGCCUGUACCAGGAGGCGCUGGCGCAGGUCCGAGCGCCCCCGCCACCUCCUGUCAGCCGCGGCCGCCGGCCCCGCACUGCCCGCUUCCAGACACUGCCAGUAACCCAGGAUGAAGUGGCUCGUGCGCGGGGUGCUCCGCAGGCACCGGCGCCCGAGCCGGGCGCACUAGCUGCGUCCACGGGACCCAGCAGGGCCAGAGCAGGCGUGAAGACGCCUCCCAGAAUAGGCAUUCUGAAGCCGGACUCGUCCAUGGCAGCCGGCGUCCCACUCUCCGAGCCGCUGGUGGGGACCGGCGCCAUCAAGAAAACCCCGGCUCGCUCCUCCCGGCCUUCCAGUCCAGAAGAAAACCUCCGCGGGAUCCUAAAGCCUUCGUCCCGACCCUCCAGUCCCGAGGACAAGGGAAGGAGGAUCCUAAAGCCCUCCUCACGACCUUCUAGCCCUGAGGACAAGAGCAGAGGAAUAUUGAAGCCUCCAUCGCGACCUAGUAGUCCCGAAGAUAAAAGCAGGGGAAUACUAAAGCCUUCAUCGAGACCUAAUAGUCCAGAGGACAAAGGAAGAGGGAUACUAAAGCCUUCUUCUCGGCCUUCCAGUCCCGAGGAUAAGGGCAGAGGAAUUCUUAAGCCCCCCUCGCGACCCACUAGCCCAGAGGACAAGGGUAGAGGCAUUCUGAAGCCUCCGUCGCGACCUACUAGCCCCGAGGAUAAAAGUAGAGGGAUAUUAAAACCUCCCUCUCGGCCUAAUAGUCCCGAAGACAAGGGCAGAGGCAUUUUGAAGCCUCCAUCGCGACCUACCAGUCCAGAGGACAAAAGCAGGGGAAUCCUUAAGCCCCCUUCGCGACCUACUAGUCCAGAGGACAAGGGCAGAGGAAUUCUGAAGCCUCCCUCGCGGCCCAACAGUCCCGAAGAUAAAGGCAGAGGCAUUCUGAAGCCCUCCUCUCGACCCAGCAGUCCGGACGGACGCUCCUCGGUUCGCGGAAUCCUGCGUCCGUCGUCGCUGGAGCGCUGUUCCGCGCGGACGCGGGCUGAGGACUCGUCCUCGGAUGAGGAUGAGACCUGCGGAGUCAGCCUGGCGGACCAGCUGUUCAACCUGGGCCCGCGCCACCAGACCACCAGCGAAUCUGGUCAGACAGUCGAGGAGAUAGCAGCUGCCAUCAGCCGCCGCUCGCGUCCCGCCGGUGCCGGCCGCCGCCCCCGACCUGCCCCAGUCACCCUGCAGAAGAGCAGCACAGAGCCCGCAGUGCCAACCGGAGGUGACACGACCCCGCCGGAGAUCCGACGGACUGGAGGCAUCAAGGACAGGCUGGCGGCGCUACAGAAGUCCGGUGACGAGGGCUGGCGGCGUCGGGUGAGGCCCGAGCCGCGCGAUGCGCUGGCGCCGACCACCGGAGGCGUCACGCUGCGGAAAGGGGCGGCGGACCCUCCGCCCUCCGGCCGUCCGGUCAGCCACAUAGAGCGACUCUCGGAUGUACUGCAGGAGACGGCUGCCCAGGGCUGGAAGGCGCGCGUGCCGCAGAAUGACGCCAACCGCUUCACGGUGGCCGGUAAGAUGGGCCAGCCGACAUCUCCCUGCGUCAGCCCGGCUCUGCCCCGCCGUCAGCACAACACGCCCAAGGCGGUGGUGUUCCGCAGCAAGACAGGCACACCACGCGCAGCCAAGAGUAUGUUCGUGGAGCCGUCUCAGGUGUCGACUCCGACCAGCUCCGUCGUCCAGCGUCAGAACGGCAGCCGGCAGGCCGAUGAAGCGCGGCCCGUCUCCGCCCUGGUCUCCGUCCCGGAGCUGGCUGACGCCAGUUUCUCGGCGUUCUUCGGCUCGUCUGGGACCUCCGAGAGGACCUCUGUGCCUCCCACUAGCCCGGACUGGGACCCUGAGUGGGAUUUAGACUCGGUCGAGCUACGCGCGCCUCGGCUGGACGCCGGACCGCUGUCGGAUCGCGUCCGACUGCGCCGGCGAGCGCGCUCCUCGCGUAACCCGCUGAGGGCGCUCAGUGAACGUAUCGACGUACGCCUCGAGUAUGAGGAGGUUCGGCUCGGCGUCGGCGAGACGCACAUCAAAAUGGCCAAGCUGGAGGAAUUGUCUCGCCGUUCAACGUUCGCCCAGGAGUCUCUAGCCGGUCUGGCUGCCAAGGUGGACUUCAGCGCUGUGAAGCUGGGCGGCCGUCAGGCGGGGCCCGGCAGCUGGCGGCCGUACCGCUCCGACACCAUGCUACUGAGAGUGAAGGGACGCCGGCACGUGCAGACUCGCCUGGUGCCGCCCAACGUGCAGGCGCUUAACGCUGGUGACUGCUUCGUGGUGGUCUCCAAUAACGAGGUGAUCCAGUGGAACGGCGUCUACAGUAACGUCAUCGAACAGUCGAAGGCGGCCGAUGUGGCCCUGCACGUCUCCCGCACCCACGACCUGGGCUGCUCGGCUUCCAACCCCGCCGCUGUCGAGUACGACGACCGAGGCGGCCUCAAGACGAGCCGACGCGACGAGAGCAAGUUCUUCCAGCUGCUCGGAGGCCGCGGGGACGUGCCUGCCGCGGGCCCUCCUGAGGAGGAUGAGGAGUACGAGGCGGCGGUGGUGGCCACCAACAAGAUCUACGAGGUGACGCCUGAAGAGGAGCUGGUGCCGGUCCACGAGGCCUGGGGACAGAUCCCCAAAUACGAACUGCUCGCCGAACACAAGGUGCUGGUGUUUGAUUUCGGCGCCGAACUGUACCUGUGGACCGGCAAGCGGGCGGGCCCCGCGCUCCGAGAGGCCGGCAAGCGGCUGUGCCAGGACCUCUGGGCGGCCGGGUGCGACUACUCCGACUGCGGUGUUUCACCAGUGGACGGGUGCUCACUGACCGGGCCGCGACCCGACUGGGGCAUCCUCGGGCGGGUCGGACAGAACAUGGAGACCAUCCUGUUCAGGGAGAAGUUCCUCGAUUGGAACGACCCCACGCGACUGAUCAAGGUGAAGCCUGACAACGAGGGUGAGACGUCUGAGGUGGCUCCGCCGCUGGAGCUGGCGCCGUGUGACGCAGCCGAUAUGGUGGCGGCCGACCAUCCCGAGCCGGACCUCGUGCUGGAGAUGGAACACCUCGGACGUGGCACAGAGUACUUUGACGAGGAGGCCCGCCGGCAGCUGGAUAUAUCCACAAUCAGCGUCAAGACCUGGCACGUGAACGAGUCGGCGGCCACGCCGCUGGAGCCGGACUCUGCGGCACUGCUGCACCAGGGAGACACCUACGUCGUGCAGUGGGUAUACCAAGUGACUCAGACGGGUCGCCGGCUGGGCGGCGGCGCCAGCAAACACCUCUGCGUGGGCCGGCAGCGGUGCGCCUACUUCUUCUGGCAGGGCGCCUCCAGUACUGUCAACGAGAAGGGCGCGUCCGCGCUGAUGGUCAUCGAACUGGACCAGGAACGCGGCCCGCAGGUGCGGGUCACCCAGGGCCGGGAGCCGGCCGCGUUCCUCCAGCUGUUCGCCGGCCGACUGGCUAUCCUGCUCGGUAAACGAGAGGACGGUGACCGACGGACGGACGGCAAUCGCCUACUGGUGGUGCGCGGAGAGCUACCCUCUGAGGCCAGUCUGCUCGAGGUCGCCUGCCACCCGGAUAGCCUGCGCUCGCGCGCCGCGCUGUUGCUGGUGGUACCGCGCCGGGCGCGCGCCUUCCUCUGGCUGGGUGCCGCGCUGCCGGCGCACGGUCGUGAGGUGGCGGCCGCGGCGGCCGAGGCACUGCCGAAGGCCGGACCAGAGCUGGUUGGAGAGCUGCCACCCGGCUCCGAGCUGAAGGUCACAGAGGUCAAACAGGGAGCCGAGCCCGCCGAGUUCUGGACAGCUCUGGGCGGCCGGCCGCAGCCGCUGCCGCUGCCCGUCGGCGGCUCUGUGCCCUGCACUCCGCGUCUGUUCCACUUCUCCUGCGCCUCGGGCCGGUUCAGCUGUGCGGCCGUGCCGUGUCUGCACUGCCGCGCCGGGCCCGAGUGGCCGUGCGCGCUGCCGUUCACGCAGCGCGAGCUGUACGAGCGGCCGCAGCCGGCGCUGCUGCUGCUGGACGACGGACACGGCGUGCACGUGUGGCAGGGCUGGCGGCCGCCUGCCGACCCCGAGGCCGGUCAGCCGGCCGCACUCGCCGGCGCCGCCCGGUACAGGUGGCACGAGGAGCGCCGCUGCGCGCUGCAGACGGCUCUCGAGUACCGGCGCCGGAUGGGCCGGCCGACCUGCUCCCUGGUCGUGGCCGGGCUCGAACCGCCAGCCUUCCAGCACCUGUUCCCCGCCUGGAGCCGGCACACUGACGCGGCGGAGCUAAACCGAGAGGAGGGCUACAGUGACGGUUUUGAACGGGACGCGAAGGACAUCCUUGCCGAGCUGACUCGCUCAACAUAUCCGCUGGCGAUGCUGAUGGAGCGCCCGCUUCCCGACGGCGUGGAUCCCGUGCGCCUGGAGACUUAUCUCAGCGACCAGGAGUUCAGGGAGGUUCUAAAGAUGGACCGGGAAGAGUUUGACGCUCUUCCCGCUUGGAAGAAGAAGGAACUGAAGAAGGAGGCAGAUCUAUUUUAAACCUAUGGCUUCCGCACACUGUGAAUUAGUGGCUGGUGGGUGCCACGACCAGCCGAACCGCCGGCGGCCGCUCGGCUCCGGUCGGGCCGGGUUUUCCGCUGCACCUUGCCUUGCACCCCAUAUCAGGGCUGGCCCGCGGGUUUUGACCGCUGUCGGAUCGGUGACGCUCGUCUAGUCGUCAGCGCGGAGUGGGCUCCCAGUCGCGUCCGACCCGCCUCCGUCGUCGGCCUGUGCUUUACAUACUUUAUACUAAUCGCUGCUCCAGAUGGUGCUUUUCUAAAUAAUGGCGAAGUUAUUUUUACCUGUGUGUAAGUGUGUGUGCGGCUGUGUGUGUGCGAGUUUGUGCAGCGUUUUACGUACUUGUGUAUUGUUUUAAUGUAAUUUAUUGCUAGAUAUAAUACAGGUUGCGCAACAAAAA